AUGUCUUCUGAAAUCUUAGAAAACGAGAAACCUCAUGGGGAAGAAGAAGCCCAAGCUGAAGAGAAUCACACCGAACAAGAGGAUAAUUCGGUGAAGGACGAUGUGAAGGAGAAAGGCGAAGAGACAAAGGAUCGGGUAGAAGAAGAGAAGAAUGAAGAGGAAAAAGAGAUUGAGGAGCGCGGCGAAGCGAAGUCAAAUAAGUCAACGAAAGAAAGCGGUUACGCUACGCCAGUCAGUGAGAGACCAACUAGGGAGAGGAAAACGGUGGAUAGGUACACUGUUUCUUCGCCUGAUAAGUUUCCCAAAUAUUCCUCUUUCAAACCUUUGUCAAUUGAAAAGGGCAGCGGUACGCAGCUCAAAGAUAUCCCAAAUGUGGCUUUCAAGUUAUCAAAGAGAAAAGCUGACGACAACCUGCGCGCGCUUCAUAGUAUACUCUUUGGGAAAAUAGCAAAGGCAAACAUGAUAAAGAGAAAUAUAGGACUGUUUUCUGGCUAUGUGUGGGCUGAGAACGAGGAAAAACAGAGGGCAAAAACAAGGGAGAGGAUUGACAAAUGUGUAAAAGAAAAGUUGGUGGAUUUUUGUAAUGUGCUUAACAUUCCAAUAAAUAAGACCAGUAUGAAGAAGGAGGAACUGUCUGCUAAGUUGUUUGAAUUUUUGGAGUCCCCGCAUGCUACAACUGAUGUUCUUCUUGCUGAUAAGGAAAAGAAAGGUAAAAAACGAGCCAGAAAGCAAAUCCCAAACAAAUCUUCUGGGGAAGGAUCUGAAGCACCUGCCAAGAAGCAAAAGAAGCCCUCACAAGUUGGGAAAAAGCAAAAACAGUCUUCUGACAUCGAGGACAGUGAUAUGUCCGAAGCUUCAGACAAAAAGGUUGAUUCUGAGGAAGACGAUGUCGUAGGGUCAAAAAGUGAAAGUGAUCAUGAUGACGAAAGCAUGUCAGAGAAAGAGGAAGAAGAUAAAGAAAAUGCUCACAAACGGUCUUCGAAAAAGACCCUGAAGGAAGAUCAAGCAACACAUGUAAAGAAGACGACUAUUGUAAAGGGUGCCAAGAGCAACGAAAAAACUUUUAAAAAAUCUACUUCAAAGAAACCUCUGAAUGACAAUGCUUCGAAGUCCAAGCAAUCGGAAGGGAAGGUUGCAAACAAAAAACAAACUGAUAAGUCUUCAAAGGCUUUAGUUAAGGAUGAAGGCAAAGGUAAAAGUAGUGACCAGGAUAAAGCCGGACCUAGUAAGAAGGAAAUGCAUCGAGUGGUUGUUGAUAUUUUAAAGGAGGUAGAUUUCAAUAAAGCAACUUUAUCUGAUAUCCUCAAACAACUUGGUACUCACUUUGACGUGGAUUUAAUGCAUAGAAAAGCAGAGGUGAAAGAUAUAAUUACAGAUGUAAUUAAUAACAUGUCUGAUAACGAUGGAGAGGAAACAUCUAAUGUUGGGGAUGAUGAAGAUGAUGCGUGA